AUGACUCCUAGGCCGACUCCGCCAGUAACUUCAAUCAAGUUCAACAAAAAAAUGACUCCUAGGCCGACUCCGCCAGCAACUUCAAUCAAUUUCAACUGCAAAAAAAUGACUCCUCCGCCGACUCCUCUAGCCACUUCAGUUUUGUUGGACCUGAAAAAAAUGACUCCUAGGCCGACUCCUCUAGCCACUUCAGUUUUAUUGGACCUGAAAAAAAUGACUCCUCCGCCGACUCCUCUAGCCACUUCCGUUUUGUUGGACCUGAAAAAAAUGAGUCCUAGGCCGACUCCUCUAGCAACUUCAAUAAAGUUCAACUGCAAACAAAUGACUCCUAGGCCGACUCCGCCAGCAACUUCAAUCAAGUUCAACUGCAAACAAAUGACUCCUCCGCCGACUCCUCUAGCCACUUCAGUUUUGUUGGACCUGAAAAAAAUGAGUCCUAGGCCGACUCCGCCAGCAACUUCAAUCAAGUUCAACUGCAAACAAAUGACUCCUCCGCCGACUCCUCUAGCCACUUCAGUUUUGUUGGACCUGAAAAAAAUGAGUCCUAGGCCGACUCCGCCAGCAACUUCAAUCAAGUUCAACUGCAAACAAAUAAUUCCUCCGCCGACUCCUCUAGCCACUUCAGUUUUAUUGGACCUGAAAAAAAUGACUCCUCCGCCGACUCCUCUAGCCACUUCAGUUUUGUUGGACCUGAAAAAAAUGACUCCUCCGCCGACUCCUCUAGCCACUUCAGUUUUGUUGGACCUGAAAAAAAUGUCUCCUAGGCCGACUCCUCUAGCCACUUCAGUUUUAUUGGACCUGCAAAAAAAUGACUCCUCCGCCGACUCCUCUAGCCACUUCAGUUUUGUUGGACCUGAAAAAAAUGACUCUUCCGCCGACUACGCCAGCAACAAAAUGACUCCUCUGCCGACUCUGCCAGCAACCAUUUAA